AUGAAUUUCAAAAAGUCGAAAUUGUACAAAACCAUCAUAAAUGGCACACCAGACGCUGUGAUGAAGACUCUCUGGGACUAUUUGAAAAGUGGAAAAGAUGUCAACCUGAAAGAUGAAUCUACAGGGGAAUCUUUGCUUCAUCUUCUUGUCCGGCAUGGGGAGAGGUUUUGUACCCCAGAGACAAUCCAGGCCAUAUAUAUGUUGGUAUGUAAAGAUGUAGAUAUCGAUGCCCAGGAUCAAGCAGGGGAAACUGCCCUCCACAUAGUCAUGAGGAAAAAAGGCACCUAUAGGAUAAUGAUGGCCAUUGUCAGGUGCGGAAUAGACACAGCCGUCAAAAACAAUGACGGAAAAACAGCUGAGGAUGUGCUUCUCACGGAAAAACCGGAAGGCUGGCAGGAGAUGCAGCAUUGGUACAACAAAUACAAACCAGGUCUUUGGCGAGCUUUAUCAGUAGAGGAGCCAGACCGAAAGCUGGUGGAAAAGUUGCUAAAAAAUUGGUGUCGACUCACCUGUAUAAAAGGUGGUAAAGUCACCAGUAUGAAGUCAUUGGUUAAGGAUGACGUGCGAAAAAUUGACCUACUGCAUAUGAUUGAGGAUUACGAGAACGCAAAUGAGAUGGCAUUGGCUUUGAACGCUGGAUUUGGAUUCAUCGUUAAAUCAUGGAUGAAGCAAGGCACGGAACUGAUGAAGUCGGUCGACCCAAACACCGCGGACUACUCAUAUCAAUACAACUAUCCAGAUUCACCGGAAGUACCACGCCCUCUGUUGGCGGCUGCAUGGGAGACAAACAGUUAUGACACUGUCGACGUCCUUAUGGACAUGAAGCCCAACACAAGGGCUCUUUACUCGAAUGAACCGGAAUCCUUGAAUGCACCAAAACCGCUAUUUUUUCAGCUUGUGUGUGGGAAUUCGAUUCCAGCAGAUGAUCGAAUCCUGCUGCGGAUAUUCCGAGGAUCUGAUCUUCAAGCAAGAGAUAGGGAUGGACAGACGAUUCUACACAAAGUAAUUGAACAUCAAAAACCAGAAAAUACCUUCCGCAUUUUAAUGACAUAUGGUGCUGAUAUUGCAGCACGUGAUCGACAAGGUCGUACGGCUCGUGAUUUAGCCUUGAAAUUGAACCGACAUGAGUAUUGCACAUGUGUGGAUGAGUUUGUCAUUAAACUUGUCAAAGACAAAAAAUUUGAUGAUAUCGAAAGGCUUAUACUCCAGAGUUAUGACCAUCUUUUGAAUGUCACAGAUAGCUCAAAACGAACAAUGGUAGAUAUCGCCAAGAAAUAUGGCAAUCGGCACAUCUAUGAAGUCGUCAAAUUGUCAGCUGCCAUUCAGGCUUACGUUAGACGAGUAUUCCAGGCAGUCACAGAUGACAAAAUAGACGACCUGAAGAGAUUGCUCUCAUGUAAAAAGUACCACAAUGUCCGUGAUAAGUGUGGUCGGACGCUACUGCAUAAGGCAGUUAUGAAGAAGAGGACAGCUAUGGCCAGGUUCCUCAUUGAGGAAUACCCUCAAAAUCUCAAUAUUGGUGACACGAUGGACCGCACACCUCUCCACUACGCCUACUUGUUUGCAGACGAAGACAUCGUCACAGUGAUGGUCAACAAUGGUGCCAACGUCAAUUUCUGUGAUGCUUUCGGGAUGCGGCCAGCCGAUAUGACAGGUGCCAAGUGUGGUAGUCAAAAACUAGGUCAGAUACAGAAGGAUGUUACAGAUCUUGACUUCAAUAUCUACCUGUCAGAAAAAGACUUCAUAUCGUCAUUUUCCUCUGCUAUCCAGAAUGGCGAUUUGGAGACAGUCAAAAGUCUCGUGUCUGGUCUCCGUGCAUUCGGAGAUAUGUCACAAUUCAGCAAGUCUCUGUUUGAAUGCAUUGACCAAAACCAAACAGAAAUCGCCAAGUUUCUUAUCCAGGCUGGCUUCAAGACAGACAUCUAUAAACAGUACACUGCCUGCGAUCCUAACGAUCCGAUGUGCGCUAUGAUGGAAUGUGGUCACUCUAUGACGUCACUGAAAGAGAGAGCUUCUGAAAAGAAAUGUGAUGAAAUAGUAAAUCUCAUUGACGGCAUUUCAAGUGGAAAGGUAAAGUUAUCUAGAAUGGAGCCACAGAAUGGACUACAAGAAUACGGGAUAUAAUUACAUAUCCUGUGUCACGCACUCAUCUGGCUGAGAGGGUUUUUCGAACAGUUUUAGGCCAACACGGAAGAGUAUUGAAUCUCAAAUAAAUAUUUCUACAGUGAU